GAGAGAGGAGGCGAGGGCAGGACUGGCAGGGUGCGGUCUGAAGUGGCAACAGAUCGUUUUGGAUCACUCAAACCCUUUCAAUUCAACUGGAAAGCUGCAGCUUGUUGCGCGCCGGCCGCAUAUGGAGAGGGAGCCGCUUUGAAUCCAGAGAGGGCACCAACCAAACAGCAGGCGACAGUGGCUGAUGUUGUGACAGUUUCCCAGGGCAGGAAAGAAAAGAGAGGGAGAGAAACCACAACACUGCAACUUGGAUAUCAGUCACCACUCUCUCUCUCUUUAACUCUCUCACCCACCAAAUCGACUUUGAACCUGUUUGUUUAAAUACACGGACUUUACAGCCCUGCACACUUACUGUUGAUUCUGUGCGGCGGAGGGAGCGAACUUUUCCUCAAUUGGGCUCAUUUUGUGUUUUGCUUUUUUUAAUUUUUUUUAAUUUUGUUUUGGAGCGGCUCAAAACUUUUUUUUCUUUCUUUUUUUUUCUUUGGUGUCCUCAUGGUUCCCGGUGCAGCCGAGGUGCCGAGCUUCUUCAAUCCGAGCUUUUCGGACGUGAUGUCGCGGCUGUCACGGACGAUGGAGUCGGGAACUGAGCCGGGGAGGUACUGAAGACAUCUCUCUCCCCCGGGAGAGUCCUCCCUCCCCCCGGGGCGAUGCGGAUCUCCUUCCUCCUUCUCACCGCCUCUCUGUGUGCCUUGGUCCUCCUCCUCGCACCUGCCUCGGAGGGCUGCGGGCCGGGGAGGGGGUACGGCAAGAGGCGGCUCCCGAAGAAGCUCAUCCCGCUCGCCUACAAGCAGUUCAGCCCCAACGUCGCCGAGAAGACCCUGGGAGCCAGCGGGAGACCCGAGGGCAAGAUUACGCGCAACUCCGAGCGCUUUAAAGAGCUGACGCCGAAUUACAACACAGAUAUUAUCUUCAAGGAUGAGGAGGACACGGGCGCCGACAGGCUCAUGACACAGCGUUGUAAAGACAAGUUGAACUCCCUGGCCAUCUCUGUGAUGAACAUGUGGCCCGGUGUGAAGCUGAGGGUGACCGAGGGCUGGGACGAGGACGGCCACCAUUCAGAGGACUCGCUGCACUAUGAGGGACGUGCUGUCGACAUCACCACCUCAGACAGGGACAGAAAUAAGUAUGCCAUGUUGGCGCGGCUGGCUGUGGAAGCGGGAUUCGACUGGGUCUACUACGAGUCCAAAGCCCACAUUCACUGUAGUGUCAAGUCAGAACAUUCCGUGGCAGCCAAAACCGGUGGUUGUUUCCCUGGCGAUGCUCAGGUCGUCCUCGAAGGUGGGGUUACCAAACAGAUGCGGGACCUUCACCCUGGCGACCGCGUGUUGGCUUCUUCAACGACAGACGGUCACGGCCCCCUUCUAUACAGCCCGGUCUUAUCCUUUGUUGACCGCCAACCCAACGUCACGAAGAUCUUCUACAUCAUUGGCACCGACAGGGGACUUAAUAUCACCCUCACAGCCGCUCACCUGAUCUUUGUCACGGACUGCACUGCAGGGCUGCCUGAGAAGGAAGUGACAGCUGAGGAGCCACUUUGGGGCUCCGUACGGGGGGGCAGGCCGAGCCGGGAAGCAGGUCUGAGAACAGUUUUUGCCAGUGAGGUCCAACCAGGACAGUGCGUACUUACGUCACAAGGCAAGGUGGACUCACAGGCAACGCUUUCAGUCGUGACCUUUGUGGAAGAGCAGAGGAACGCCGGGCUGUAUGCCCCACUCACCCAGCACGGCUCCAUCGUGGUGAACGGUGUGCUGGCAUCCUGCUAUGCUGCUGUGGACAGUCACCGUUUGGCCCACUGGGUCCUGGCCCCGCUGAGGUUCUUCUACAGCCUGAUGGGACCUUCAGAACCGCAGACUGACGGCCUGCACUGGUACCCUCGGCUCUUACAGAGGCUGGGGCAAACACUGCUGGACGCUGGACACUUCCACCCUUGGGGGAUCGAGCAGGUGCCACAGAGACAUGUAUCACACUGAGGACUUCAUUCACUCACCUGUAUUCAGGAGCACCAAAGCACAGACUGAGGGACCACCAAAGACAAUUCAUUUUAUAGUGGAAAUGUGUUUUUAUACACUCAACUUGCCUGUAUUUGCUGUAUUUCUACAAACUCCUUUAUGUAGCACAUGUACAACUGUGUGAGAAAACCAGUAGAGGAGACUGGGGAGAUUCAUUUUAUACUUUUUAAACUGAUCCCAGAAGAUUACGAGGACCGGAGAGACUGAGAUAUGACAGAAAAUCACAUUUUAGAUUGAGAUACCAACAGAAAUGCUGGCAUAAGUAUUUCUCCCUUAAAGGUGCAAUAUGUAAGAAUUGGCCACCUAUUGAAAUCAAACUUAAAACAAACCAGGCAGCAUAUCAACACUAGCUGUAAGCUAGUUAGCUUGGUUAGCUGUGCAUCUAGUGGUCUGGACUGGAAGCUCGGAUCACCAGGGGAGUGUUGGUGUUUACACUGCUGACACCGGAGCUUUGACCAAGAAGGGUCAGGGCAACUGGUUAGCAUGCUUACUUCAGAUAUUUCGCUAUCGCUGCAACACAACACAUAACUUAAAAACUGAUAUUUGUUCCAAUUAUGUUGAUAAUUUAAGUUAAUUUGUGGAUGUUUUGUCAAUAUUAUGUCAAUAUUUUUCCCUUCAGAGCACUUCAGAGAUCAAAAACAGGGACUGUGAUUCAGAAUUCUCUUAUUAAAACAAAAGUGUAGGUGGUAAAGUAUGACAGUCAGGUUUCAUCAUUCAUUUUUGUACUGUAUUUACAGCCAUCUGACAACAUUAGAGUUAGAAGAAAACAGAGAGGAAGUGAACAAGGGGCUCCGUACAUACAUAUUCAUACAGAUAAGUCAUUAAAGGUGCAGUAUGUGAGAAUAUUAGUUUAAAACCUUCAGAAAUUUACCAAAAUAAUCAACAAGAAUGCGAAGAUAUAGCAGAUGUCUAUGCAUUGUUUUGCAGAGAUAUUCACAACAGUUAGCAUGCUAACUAGCUAGCCCCAUGCCCAAAAUCCUGUUUCUCCUAGUGGUCCGAAGCUCCUCUACUGAGCUAGCUGAGUUAGCGGCGGUUAGCAGUCAGCCUUGCUAGCCUGGUGAAAUGGUUCCCCCAUUUGUUGGUGGAAAUAAUUCAACAGGUGGCAAAUUCAUACAUGUUGCACCUUUAAGAAGGAAAGAAAGACAACUGCUUACGAAGAGAAUCAUCACUGCAGUGAAUCUCCUUAUUCUUUACCCUUCUUUUAUUCAGCCUUUACUGUAUAUUUGCGAAAUAAUAUUUAAACUGGACGAUGGGGGAGGAAGUUGUGUGUAUGUACUGACUGGCAGGGACUUACCAAGCACUUCAACUUACUGUUGUACGUACUUCAAUCUGCUUUCAGUUGACUCGACUGUCUUAGACUAAAUCACAGGGUUCAUCUACACAUCUUCAUGUUUUUAUUUUUAUUGAUUAUUUUAUUUAAACAGUUUUAAUUUGUGACAUGUUUUUCAGGUCAGUUGUAGCUAGUUAAGGGCAUACACGACACUCAGGCUGUAUUCAACUACUGUAUUAAGCAAAAGCUAUGCAUCAUAUUAAAUAACAGAUAAUAAAUCUCUUUUGAUCUUGAAUAGUAAGCAACCUGAUAGCUCUCCUUUGCAUGGUCUUUUUUUUUUUUUUUUUGUAUUCCAUCUAUCAGCCAAGACUUGAGACCUAGAUUAACAGAGGUACAGACAAUUUUGUUGAUGAAGUUAGACACACAGACUCAAACAUCCCAUGCAGGACAUCCAAGGCAUUAUUCUACAUACUUUCAAAAGGAUUUGUCACAUAUGUAUAUUAAGCUAUUGUUGGAGAGACUAUUUAAAGAUCUAUUUUUAGAGAAUAAUGUAAACUAAUAUUAUUUUCAGCAACUUUGUGCAUACCAUUUGUAUUUGAAACAUAAAGUUGUUGUUUUUAAAACCAAAA